AUGGGCGUAACUCUACAGAAGGUUCUGUCCAUUUUCCAGGAAACAGAGCGUGUGAAAAUUAGAGCUGAGAUUGUCAAGAAAUUCAAAAACAAAUUUAUGCUUUUCGAUCUGAUUUCAGAAAUUCCACGAGGAGAAAAGCGUCUUGACGGUACUCGGGAAGAAAUUUCAGCUCCUUCGCCUUCACUCGAGUAA